CGGAGCUACGGACCAGUCAGAAGCGUGUCACAUUCGUACGUGAGAGUUUAGUAGCGAAUCUAACGAGCUGAUUUUAUAAAUUCAAGUACAUUUUUUCCAAGUAAAAGACUGUGAAAUUGUGUAAUUUCAAAAGCAAGUGCAUAAAACCUAAAAAAAAAAUAAAAAUUUGAAGAACUUCCCAAGUGCAAGUGCGAAUUAAUUUCAAGUGUUGGAAGCACAAAAUUUAUAUAAUAAAAUAAGAAAAAAUUAAAAUGGCUGCAAGUGCGAACGAAAGCAAAUCUACUGUGGCUCCGGCCAAUGGCACAGUUGCCAUCGAACAGGCCAAAGAUGUGCAGAAUCUUUUGCCACAUUUAGAAUCGCUGGAGCGUAUUAUCAAGUUACCAGUUGUGGGCGCGGCCUGGGACAAGAGUCAGGAUGUCUACCAAAAUGUCAAAGGCCGCAAUCGUGUCUUCAACUGGGCGCUCAACGCCGCUGAGGAUUGCGUCUCGCGCGCCGUCGUCACCGCCGCACCGAUUGUCUCGAAACUGGAUCGUCCCAUACAGUAUGUCGAUCAGACGCUCGUCAAAGGUAUUGACAAGCUGGAAGUGUCCGCACCCAUUAUCAAGGACACGCCACAGGAAAUUUACAAUCAAGCUAAGAACAAAGUGGUCGAAGUCGUGCAGCCACAUAUUGAACGCGUGACGAAAUUCAAAACAGCUGGCCAACAGAAAGCGGCCUCUUUGAAGGACUUGGCGUGGGCCAAGGCUAAUGAGGUGUUGGCUACUCAAUAUGGCAGUCUGGCGGUUUCGGGCGUUGAUACCACAACCGCUUUGGCGGAGCGUCUGCUCGAAUACUAUUUCCCCAAAAGCGAAGGCGAUGUCGAGGAGGAGAAUGAUAAUAAACAAAUAGCUGUCGCGCAAAAUGGCAAACACAUUGAAAAUGACAUACCAGUUUCCGCCACCGAGGACCCCGUACUCCACACAGUACAGACUGUUGGCCGACUCUCCCACAAGAUCUCGCGUCGUGUCUAUCAGAACGUGUCCAGACAAAUCAAGCGCAUGCAAAAAGGAAACAUAAAUGACUAUCUGAGCUCACUCAUCGCCGCAUUGAAAUUGCAUCAAUACAUAAAUUUCAUCAACUCAUCGAUGGGCACAAAUGUCGAGCAGUCCAUUGCCGACGUUAGUGCCAACAGCAAUAACACAAACGUUGCCACGGCCGCGGCGAACAACAGCAACAAGACUACACCAACAACUUCAACGGCGGUAGUGGCGGCACCAGCGGCGCCAACCACGCCCACAACGGCGUCGUCUGCUUCGCCAAACGCCUCAUCGGCGACAAAGCGUAGCAACCAGAACAAGUCGCCGAAUUCAACGCCGCCAAAGGCGAACUGAGCCAUAAAAGCAUCAAAAACAAAAAUAAUAUAUAAAUAUUAUUAAAUAAUUUACAAAAUAAUAAUACUUGAAUUGAGUAGAAUUUAAAGCAAAUGAAUGCGCGUAAAUAUUUUAUGAAAAUUUAUAUAUUUAAAAUAUUUUUUAUGCAAAAGUCACCAGCAAGCAUUGAAGCAGUUUUCCUUUAAAAAUUAUAUAAAUAUUUUUUAAUGUGUAAAAGUGUUAAUUUAAUACGGAAUUAGGCGCCGUAAGGAGGAAAAAUAGAAAAAACAAAACUCCGCACAUAAUUGCAAAAGCACUGCAGCGCCUAAUCUUCUACACAUACAUACAUACAUAUAUAUA